AAAAUAGACACAACACCGGCUUUUUAAAAACAUAACCUCUAAAUUAUGGAGUGUUUUAAAUUCUAAACAAAACGUCAUUCGACGAAGUGUUAUUGUUUAUUUACCGGAUUUACUGGGUUUUUAUUAAAAUAAUAGGUAGAAAAAAUAAUAUAAAUCAAAAUGGCUCGAAAUGCAGAGAAGGCAAUGACAACGCUUGCUCGUUGGCGAGCAGCUAGUUCCGAAGGUGGCAAAAAAGAUCAGGAACGACGUCCCUUUUUGGCAUCUGAAUGUCGAGAUUUAAAAAAAUGUGAAAAAUGGCGUUCACAAAUAAUUCGUGAAAUUGCCAAAAAAGUAUCACAAAUUCAAAAUGCCGGCCUCGGCGAAUUUCGUAUUCGUGAUCUUAAUGAUGAAAUUAAUAAAUUAUUAAGAGAAAAACGUCAUUGGGAAGCACAAAUUAAAGAAUUAGGUGGUCCCGAUUAUUCUCGUACUGGUCCUCGAAUGUUGGAUCACGAAGGACGUGAAGUUCCAGGAAAUAAGGGCUAUAAAUAUUUUGGUGCCGCUAAAGAAUUGCCAGGUGUUCGAGAACUUUUUGAACAGGAACCACCACCACCACCAAGAAAAACGAGAGCCGAAUUAAUGAAAGAUAUUGACGCCGAUUAUUAUGGUUAUCGUGAUGAUGAUGAUGGAAUUCUAAUUCCAUUGGAGGAAAAGAUUGAGAAAAAGGCGAGAAAAAAAUUAAUUGACGAUUGGAUUGCAUUGAAGGAUAAAGAAUUGGAAGAUGUUGAAAUGAAUGAUGAAACCACAGCACAAAAACAAAUACCAAGUCGACAAGAUAUGCAGGAGGCUCUUUUAUUAAAGAAAAAACAAGAAUUAAUAGAAAAAUAUCUUUAGUGAAUUCUUUCAAGUUUAAUAACUACUUUGUGCAGUAGACGUUUAAAAAUUUAAAUAAUGAAUAUGGAGAAAAAGGUGCUUUAGGAGAAAAACUCGACAAAUAGAUAUAUUAUUCGAUGUAAAAAGGAUUUUUCUAAGAUAAAAAUGUCAAAGUUCAAUAUUAAUGAUUAAACGAAUUGCAACAUGAAAAUAAAAUCUAUUUUUUUUUCUAAAAUCAAUUAUUUAUUUUUAAAAUAAAAAUUUUGUCGAGGGUUUAUAUUUUAAAAAUAAAUUAUUAAAAAUAUUGUGCUUUUGAAAAAUCAAAAUUCAGUGACACAAAAUUAAAAUAAAAAAUAAAUGUGACAUUGAAAAUUAUAAAAUACGCUUUGACUUGAAGCAGUUCAUUAUUAUUAUUUUUUUUUUAAUGAACAAUAUUUGCGACGAUAAUAAUUGUAAAAUUUGAAUGUUUUUCAAUUGUUAACGUAUCGAAAAGAUUCGGUUCGAGAAUGUUAAGAUUUGAAAAGAUUAUGAGAUUCGCGUCACAGCAUUCGCUUGUCCGUUUUGAGUACAUUAUCAGUCGCUUCUUUUUUUUUGUGUUUUUUUUUUUUUUUUCUUUAGCUAUGCGAGUCUAAAGGUACUUUUUUUUUAUUAUCUUAAUAUGUGUAAUAAUUCUGCCUAUGUUUUUUUUUUGUAUUAUUAUUAUUUACUGAAAUCGUGGGAUUUUAGCGGAUUAUUUAAUAAAAAUCCACGUACAAAUUGCAUACGUAUAGAAGGGCAUCAAAAAAAUGCUCUCGAGUCCUAAAUUUUUAAUUCAAUUCAUUCUUAUGUAUAUACAAUUUUCUUAUAUUUUAACAAAUUUUCCUUUUUUCUUGCAUAUUCAAGUUAAUUUGAAAAUUAUAUUAGUAUUAUGGAAAAAUGAAAAUGUUUGGUUAUUAAAAAAUUUGAAUUAAAAUUUAGGAAUCGCUGGCUAUUUAACUAUAAUCGACCCUAUAGAGCCCUAAUAGAUAAAUUGUAAUCAAUCCUAAAAAUCACAUCUGCAUUUACGAGGUGCGAAUGCGAAGUUUAUUGUGCGUCAUUGAAUUGAAAUCGUGUUUUGCCUUUUCAGAAAAAAAAAAAAAUAAAA